UUCGUUUUCUUUUCUAAGCAAAACAUUACACUUUAAAUUUUUUUAGAAAUUUCAUUUCGAUUUCUAUACAUAUUUUUAGUUAUUUUUAAACUAAGCACCUUACUGACAAUGAAAAUUUUAUCACUGAUAGUUAUAAUAGGGUUAGUUCAAUUGAGUAGUGGAAAUCAUGAAUUCCUCAUUAACGUUGGUGUUUUAAAAAAAUUACUUAGUUUAGAAGCAGAUUUGAUUGACAGACUUCUUAAUGAAAUUGCACACCAACAACAUUUGAAAUCAAUCAGCAACGAUGAAGUAUACGCACAGGAACUAGAAGGUUUUUCAUAUGAAGCAAAUGAACAUUCAAUAUCUACUAAAAUGACAAUUAGUAUGUUAACUGAUUUAGAAAAUUUGUGGCCUGAAAUUGAUAACUAUGCGAAACAGACUACGAUCAAAAUUGGUAAAGAUGAAGUUACGUCUUUAGAGACAACAUGUGAGUCUGAUGACUACGAAUACGAUAUUUUUGAGAACUCGGCACUACAGUUAUGCAAUUGAACGAUUUCACUAUCUGCAAAUAUUGAAAAGCAUUUAAGAUGUCGAUUCGUUGAUCAUGGAAAUCCAAUUCUGAAAAUAUCACCAUUUUAAGAGGAAGAUGUGUAUUUAUAUCCUUUCAUUGUAAAUUCUAAUCUGAAAAACACACACACAGCUUGCAUCAGUUCUUCUAGCAGGGCUAGAAAAUUGUUAAAUUUUAAAUAACAGAAUAUGUUUAAAUUUAAUAAAACGACGCUUUCUAUAUAGUUAGAGUGUCUUUGUUGAACUAAAAGAGACUUAGAUCAGUAGCAUCUACAGAGAUUGUAAAAAAAAUUCUACCUAUAAAAAGCUAAAUUUUCAGGGAU